AUGGACUCGUCGAGAGCUCGAACCGCCGUUGGGAAGCAGGCGGCCCAGUAUGACUCACCCGAGCAGCUCCUCGACGUCUUCAAGGCCGCAGCGCUCUCCGUUACCAAACUCUACAAGACUUCCGCCAAGGCCGAAGCUCGCGCGCGCGCAGAUGGAUACCAGGAGUGCUUGGACGAGCUGCUGAUGUUCCUCGACAAGGAAAACAUCGGGCUGGACGACGGAGAGGGGUGGAGGAUUCGGAGAUGGGCCACGGAAAGGCUCGAUGGUCGGGACGCGGGACAGCAGAGCGCCGAGAGCGAGGACGAGGUUGACAAGGGCGAGAGGAAUGCGUCUCCCGAGAUUGCUAGAGCCAGUACUGAACCAAUCACCUCGUCACCAAUUCAGAUCCAGACACGAACCGUCUCUCCCCCCGCCGCCGUCCCCGUCCAUGUCUCUCCCAUGAACGAAGAGCCAACACACUUUGUUGUGCCCACGCAGGACGCCUUCACAUUCCAUACAUCAUAUCCAAACAUUGCCACCUUGGACUUGUCAGACCAACGACCACAGGAGCCAUCCUCCUUUGCACCCUCAUUCAGUUCAAAAUUUGGAGGAAGCUCUUCCAGAAGCGGACCUCGGUCUUCACCACAUCUCAGUCGAGGGGCCGGGACAAAACGAAGGAUGGACUUUGACGACUUCUUCGGCGGCUGCCUAGGGGGCAAAGACCCCAUCGGCAACGGAAGCAAGCGCAGUCGACAUACAUGA